UAGUGUACAGAAGUCCACGACCCACAACAAUCUUUUUGAUUUCCUUCCUUUUUCACCUGAGCAACAGAAGAAGUUUCAAGUUUGCCCAAAAAGUUCUUAAAUUUGAUAGCAUGCUGCAUUCACAAAUAUCACUUCAUCGAAUUCGCAUGCUUUCGGAAAGAAAUCUUAGUAGAAGGGUGAAGGGUUUAGAUACAAAUAUGGACCAAUCCUCAUGGAAGCUAUUGCUAGAAGAAUUAACAUUCAAAGAAAACUCGGCCCCUUUUAAUAGUUGUCAUGCUUCUACUAUAGUUGAGGUUGAUAAAGACUACUUUUUGGUAGCAUACUUUGGGGGGUCCUAUGAGGGGGCACCGGAUGUCAAAAUUUGGUUACAAAUGCACAAGGAUGGUAUUUGGCAUCCCCCAGUAAUUGCCGACGAGCAACAAGAUGUUCCGAUGUGGAAUCCUGUAUUAUUUAAGCUUUCCUCCAAUGAGCUGCUCCUCUUCUACAAGGUCGGGCAGGAGGUACAAAAGUGGAGUGGCUGCAUGAAAAGGUCAAAUGAUGGUGGUGUAACUUGGAGCGCGAGAGAACAACUUCCUCCUGGCAUCUUAGGACCGAUUAAGAAUAAGCCCAUCUUACUUGAAAAUGGACAAUUACUAUGUGGUUCAUCUGUCGAGAGUUGGAACUCAUGGGGUGCUUGGGUGGAGAUGACUGCAGAUUCCGGCAGGUCGUGGAAAAAAUAUGGACCAAUUUAUAUCAAAGACCAGUCCCUCAGUGUAAUCCAACCAGUUCCUUACAAAACUGAAAAAGGAAAUCUACGUGUUCUAUUAAGAUCAUUUGAUGGUAUUGGUCGAAUUUGUAUGUCAGAAUCCUUUGAUGGUGGCGAAACCUGGAGUUUUGUAGUCCCUACUGAUUUGCCCAACCCAAAUUCAGGUAUAGAUGGUGUAAAACUAAGUGAUGGUCGGGUUGUGCUUGCGUAUAAUACGAUCUCCAGAGCUGUGCUGAAAGUUGCUGUUUCAGCAGAUGACGGAGACUCGUGGCAAGAUGUUGCAACAUUGGAGGAUACAGAAGGAAUGGAAUUCUCAUAUCCUGCUGUUAUUGAAUCAAGUGAUAAAUGUGUUCAUAUCACAUAUACGUAUAACAGGACACAGAUUAAGCAUGUUGUUCUCCAACCGAAAAAGGUGCAAUAAAACUCAGAGAAACAAGAUCUUGAAGAUUUCUUUUUGAUGUACCUUCACGGGUAUUUUACAGAUUUCUUGUUUGUAUACUUUCAUGUGUCAGAUCACAAGAACAGAUUGUGUACUUAUUUCUUAUUAAUCGCAAGAACUUACUGUUUUACA